UGCUCAGGCUUUUAGGUGUUGGUGUAAGUUUCAUGCCGUGUGGUGAUUCGUCAUUCACUAUAAGCUGGAGCGCUAGUUCGGAAUAUCUUUAUGUUUCCGCAACAAUUUUACUGUUUUUAGUUUGUCCUUGUGUAAAUUAAAACUUACUCGUGAAAAUGUUUGAAACCGCAUUGAGUUGAUGUGAAGCUGCAUCGCUAUUUGGCAAUCAAAAGAUUUAAAUCCAAGUUUAAAAUUGUGCAUGGAGUGACAAGACAUUGGCUAAAACAAAAGUGUAUGGCAAGAAGAAGUACAUGAGGGCCACUCCUGUUUUCUUGUGUGAACAUUAGAAAAAAAUCAAAUUCAAUAUAUGCAAUCAACUGCUAAUCGCAAAGUAUACCAGGCUAAGAAAAUUGAAUUAAGUUUUGGACAUACGACAUCGUUACCAUGAUGAAAAGUUUGUUCGGCAGGAAAUCUGCCAAAGAAAAUGAUCGGAACAAAAUUUCAGAAAUCGGACUACCGACGAAUGUGGUGCAUGGAAUUCACGUUAGUAAAAACAAACUUACAGGUGAUCUGGAAGGAUUACCCAAAGCAUGGAUUCGUCUUAUGGAUGCAUCCAUCACACAUGAUGAGCAGAGUAAGAAUCCAGAAGCCGCAUAUCAGGCAGUCAAAUUCUACAAUUACUCGAUCAAGAAGAAAGAGCAAGCAGAACCUUUUAAACCGUUUAUCACGGAAGAUGCGAUCGAUGAAGAAACGGAAUCUAUUGAUCAGUUUCUUGACAUGAAAAAUGCUCAUAAAAGUGAAGAUUCACUCGAGGCCAGCAGUGAAGAGAAUUUUGGUGAAGUUUCUCCUCCUCCACCCCCAUUGCCUAAGAAAGCAAUGACAUUACCGCCAAAGCCACAGAUUAUGCCAAAACCCAAAAACUAUAACAGUAAAAUAUAUAAAGGUAUAGAUAAUUUAACCUUAGCAGAUACUGGCAACAAAUCUACAAUGAUCAUUCAUAGUAACAAUAAGGUAUCAGAAAAUUGUAAAAGUUCCUAUGACUUGAUAAACAAGGUCGAUUUCGACAAUGAUAAUGAGUUAAUAUUGAGGCCGAAGGAACAAAACCCUCGAAUACCGAAAUCAGACGAGCAGGUAUAUAAUGAGCUCAAACGAAUUUGCAAUAUGUGCGAUCCAUUGGAACGUUAUGAAAAAACUGUCGAGGUAGGAAAAGGAGCAUCGGGGGUGGUAUUCAUUGCAUUGGAUCGGCAAACAAAUCAGAAGGUAGCCAUCAAGACAAUUGAUAUGAAACAUCAGUCGUACAAAGAAUCCAUCUUGAAUGAAAUUAAUGUCCUCAAGGAUUUCAACCAUAGAAAUUUAGUGAACUUCUUAGAAGCAUAUUACCUGGAACCUGUAGAUCACCUGUGGGUAAUUCUUGAAUAUAUGGAUGGAGGGCCGUUAACUGAUGUUGUCACAGAAACUGUAAUGAAGGAUCGUCAGAUUGCUGCUGUUUGUCGUGAAGUUUUACGUGCAAUUAGUUUUCUACAUUCAAAAGGAAUUAUUCAUCGGGAUAUCAAAUCAGACAACGUUCUACUCGGCAUGGAUGGAUCCGUGAAAGUAACUGACUUCGGUUUCUGUGCUAAUAUUGAAGGGGAUGAGAAACGACAGACGAUGGUCGGAACUCCUUAUUGGAUGGCUCCCGAGGUAGUGACACGUAAACAGUACGGCAAAAAGGUUGAUAUUUGGUCCUUAGGCAUUAUGGCAAUAGAAAUGAUAGAAGGGCAGCCACCAUAUCUGAAUCAAGCUCCACUGCGAGCACUUUAUUUAAUCGCAGCCAACGGUCGACCAGACAUCCGAAGUUGGGAUAAGCUUUCCGACAAUCUCAAAGAUUUUCUUGACUGCUGUCUACAAGUGGAGGUGGACCAACGAGCUUCAGCCGAUGAGUUGCUUCAGCAUCUUUUUCUGCAGGACUGCAUGGAACUGCGUACAUUAACGCCGCUCAUCAAAGCGGCUAGGAGAUUAUUGAAAAGGGAUAAUUAGUGCUCUGCGUACAUUAAGUGAAAAAAGAAACGCCAGUGUGGCUGUGAAAUUUAGUGCCUUAACUACCGAUAUUUUUUGGAAUCGGUAAAAAAGAGUCAUGUGAAGAACGAAACAAAUUGAUAAGAGUUUGACAUUUUUCCCUAUACACGAUAAGACUUCCACGACAAGAGGUGGCACAAAUAAGAUUAAAACCACGAAGAAAUGUGUACUGGUUGAAGAUGUACCGUCAUAUUUCUAUACAAAUUAUCAAAUAUCGUCCAUUUUGUAUGAAGUCGAAUCUAGUGUGCUUUUAGCAAUGGAAAGGUAGGAGUGAAUACAUAAUUUCAGUAAUAUACGUCUCUCUGUAUAAAUACGAGCAAAACAGCACAAAGAGUAAUGUACGACACCAUAGUGUAAAAUAAACCUGAUUUCCCAAUAUUCCUGUCGUUCCAUCGGGAAGGUUUAUUUAAGGGCAUUCUCGCUGCUGGAAAUUUUUCGUUCAUUGGUUGAUUAAAUUGUCAGAAAUAUCAGCUUAUCAAUGCAAUUACGAGGGCCAACCAAAAACACUCGUAAUUAUUUCAAUCAAUUUUCAAUUUUUUCUAUUCUGAUAGUCACAAGCAUAAAAGCUGGUUUUCAUAAAUACUGUUGGAUGAAAAAGAUAAACGUCUAUCAAAAUAACAGUAAUAAUACCAAAAAGGAUGAAUCAUACGAUUAAUUCCGUUAAGCGCUUAAGAGCACGCUAAGAACCUGUAAAAAGUGCCAUAAAACGAGAAGAAGAACCCUACUUUCCCUUUCUUUUCGAUUAGGCAAAUUGCUUCCACUACAUCAUCCUCGUUUUUCUCAUUCUUCUAUGUUUCGUUAUAUGUAGUCUGGUAACAUGGCUGGUAUGCUAUCGCAGUGUGUAAAACGCCGUGUAGGAAGUGCAUUCGAUGAUUUAAGGUUUGCGUGCACGUUUUCGACUCAAAGUGGUAUACUUCAUAUGUAGUUGCUACCUUACUCAAUUACGUCCACACUUACACUCAGUCUUUGAGAGUUUGGCUGGUAGAUAACAAUAAAAUUUCAGAUACGGGAAGCCCCAAGUAACAGUUGCAUGUUUAUGUGUAUAUAAGCGGAAACUCUGAUUACUGGUAAACAGUUCGACACUAGCGAGAUGUACGCUCAUUAAAAUGAUUAGGUUUACCUUAAAGUCAUUGAUUGUGUACAAGUACCUAAUAACAAAAUGGUAAUCAGCGCUUGUCGGAAUUGUAGCCAAAUCUGAAAAUUUCGUUAAUUUCAGAUUUAGUCCAGUUGUAUCUAGAUACGCACACUGAAACGAAAGGAAAUUGACUGUAUGAACUCACAAUCAUAUUGACACCCGAGUUGUCAGCUUAUUGUGACUAAUGUUCAAAUGAAUUCAAGCUUAUCUUAUUAGAGUAUUGAAACCAACUAACGUUUUUUUCUGAUAAGAAUUUAAGACUAUUGAUUACAACAACCAGGUGCGCUGUUCCCAAAGCCAAACAAAAAACAUAUAGCUUACAUACACGGACGAGUAAUCAAAAAUUAAAACGUACAUUUACUUGAACUUAUAUCCUAGUGACACUUAGAUUCUGUAUAUACUAAUUCUACUGCCUUAAUACAGCUGGUUGGGUGAUCAGAAAAGGUUUUGUUCUGAUAAUGUUAGUGAGAUUGAAGUCACAUUAACAAUUCAAUCAUUUUUCACUCUAAAAAGUAUAUAGGUAAUAUCUAUGCUACAAAAGCCUAGUAAGUUUUAUACAGUAAAACUGUUUCUUGGGUAUUCACCAGACUUGACUCACCGAUAUAUGUACCUUAACGUAGGUGCUUGAAAAGGUGCAGUUCGUGUCACAAGUCUACAUAAUAUUUUGAUAUAUUUAGUGAUAAAAAAGUAAACAAGAUAAUACUAGCUACUUAUAUCAAAUAAAGGAACUAAAACAGGUGCUAAAGCAUUGCUGUUGAUACAUUCCAUGACUUUUAAAACUGAACGCAUGUAUCCAUCUCUGACUAUGUGCCCUGCUAUAAUUCAUUACGUGAUGGCGUAAUUCGACAGUUAGGUACCUGGACUUAGUCGAAUUUUCAAUUUGGUUAUUCAUUGCAUGGGAAGUAUGCAUCCAACCAAAAUGACGUACAGGUGAAAGUUCUAUAAAUUACGUUCUUUCAUAAAACUAUUAUUGUUUUUUGUUUGUUACUGAAGUUGCGGGGUCAGAAAAACUAACUGUACUCGUUUCGUAAUAACUUUUUGCACUUUGUGAUAUUUGGAAAUCAACAACGCUUUUGGUUUCAACGUGUGUUCGAUCAUGAUAAUCAUACAAUCAAAAUACGAUUAGUUUUCUGACACACAUUCAUUGAUUUUUAAAAAUUAGUCACAGAGUUUUGUCAUUCAAUUUCCAUUCAACGAUGAUUGCUCAAAACCGUAUGAACGAAAUAUAACCACAAUAACAUCAUCGAAAUGAACUGUAGUUCUUGAAUAAGCGCAAAUUAUGUCUUAGGAUGUCCAAUGAAUAUAAAAAUAUACUUUUCCAAGCAGACGUGAUAUAUAUUUGUUCAUCAUAGUGCAUCACCAAUAAUACAAACCCUGACUGACAUUGAGCAAUGUUUGAUAAAAAACAAACUAUUUUUGACACAUUUAAACAAGAACGACAUAUUUACCGCAAAAUUUUUACCCGCUGUAUGACGUUUGUAUUACUUCUAUAUAAGGUUCUUUAUACAAUAGCAUAGUAUAAAGCUAUGAAAGACUAUUCAUUGAAAUAUAAAACAAUCCACGCAAAAGAAUUUGCGCUAUACAAAAAGCAUUUAUAAAAUGGUAGAUGGUAUUUAGAAAUGGUAUUAUUUGAAUGCUUCUACAGACGAGAAUGCACCACAAAUAAUAAAUCGCACAUUCUGAAAUAUGCAGUCCAGAUAUUUUAGUAUACUAUAUGUCACACAACGCAACAUACAUGAAAAUGCUUCAGAGAACAUAUUAGCAAGAUAUAAAAAGCGAUUAGUUUCAAAACAAUUGGUAAUAUUUGUGUCGUCGUCUAACAAUUAUUUGUAACGAUAUCACGACGAUGAGAAAAUAUAAAAUGGAACACCACGGAAAGAUACGAAUAUAGCUUAGCCACAUCUGUCAAUAUUACCCAGCAAUGUCAGAAACCCAGCUGAAUUAUUAUACAAUAAAUUUUUAGUUGUAUUUACUCAAUGUAUAUAAAUUUACGAAAACAAACUUCUUCUUAAUUGCACAAAAUGUAAAAAAUCUAUCAGAGUGGAAUUAGGAUUCGUUUUGUUCCCAAUAGCAAUAUGUUUGAAAAAAAUGUUACGUGAGUGUUUAGUUUUUUUAUAUAAUUAUUUUUUGGAUCAAUACAUCGCAUUUCUUUUAGGACCAACAAAUUAUCAUAAGAACUAGCAGUAUUCUACAACGGAGGGCUAAGCUUAACGAAAUCUUCAUGAAGCAAAUGAAACGUAAUAAUAUACUUUCUAUGUUCUUUUUUUGGCGAAUGUAUAUAUUAUAAACUCCAAGCAAUACAAUUAGAACCAUUUAUGUUAAACAUGA